AUGGAAUUGUUAUGUGCUGUUUGCAUGCAAGCAGGGGAUAGAAUGCUACGACAAAUGGCUUCAAUUUUUUUGGAAGACAAGCUUCCCUAUGUUCAACCAUAUAAUCUUGCAGGAAGGCAGUGCAGCGGGUGCUUCGCCAUGGAUAUAAAGCCAAACCAUACUAUUUAUAUCAAUAAUCUUAAUGAAAAAACGAAAAAGGAAGAGCUCAAAAAAGCUCUUUAUGCAAUUUUUUCGCAAUUUGGGCAGAUUAUUGAUAUAAUGGCAUUCAAAACAUUGAAAAUGCGUGGACAGGCACAUGUGAUAUUCAAGGAAAUAAGUUCAGCAACGAAUGCCUUGCGUGCGAUGCAAGGCUUCCCGUUUUAUGAUAAGCCUAUGGUGGGUUUGAUUUAUUUACAGUUGCGUAUACAGUUUGCACGAGAAGAUUCUGACGUUAUUGCAAAAGCGAAGGGUACUUAUAUAGAUCGUCCGAAAAAACACCUUCUUGCCAAGCACGCUGCUGGAGAAAAACGAAAAAAGACAAGUCAUAUAAAGGAAAAUAAAAAGAUGCGUAUGGAUAAAACUUCUACUGGGAAAACUGAGCUUCCGGAAAAAGCAAAUCCGCCAAAUAAAAUCCUGUUUUGCACAAAUCUUCCUGAGGAGACAACAGAGCAAAUGCUUUCCCUUCUUUUUAAUCCUUAUCCUGGUCUGAAGGACAUCAGGCGUAUUCCGAAUAGGCCAGAUAUUGCAUUCGUUGAAUUCGAGACAGAAGCUGAAGCAACAUCAGCUCGUGCGGGUUUAAACAAUUUCAAGAUAACACCUUCGCAAUCGAUUAAAAUCAAAAAAAGAUACACCGAAGCUUUGAAUUGUUGGAGGUGUCGUAAAGCUAUUGAAUGUUUGAAGGAAAAGUUGUUCUGUCCAGUGUGUUCAGCUAUCCAACCAGUUGAAGGCAGAAAUUAUUUCAAUUAUUUGGGACUGCUUCCUGGAUUUGAUGUUGAUCUUUCAUUAUUGAAGACGAAUUUCCUCAAACUGCAGUCAGUUGUUCAUCCUGACAAAUUUUCGAAUUGUUCUCAAGAAGAAAAAGAAAUAUCUGAAAAUUGUUCACGAUAUCUUAAUGAAGCGUACAAAACAUUGGCCGAACCGUUAGAGAGGGCAAAAUAUUUGCUCACAUUGAAAGGGGUCUCACUGGAUGAUGAACAUGCACUGGGCACCACAGAUUUCUUGCUAAAAAUAAUGGAACUGAAUGAACUGGUAGUAACGAGUAAUGAUCCAAAGGAACUGAAGGUUUUGUUGGAUGAAGUGGAAAAUAACAUCCGGAUGUUAGGAAGAGAAUUUAAGAACAACAUUGAAACAAACCAGCUUGGAAAAGCGAAGGAAGUUGUAUUCAAAUUAACAUUUUACUACCGUUUGAAGGACGAUUUAUCAAUUGGAAACUUGCCUUACAGUGCAAGAGAGGAGGAUGUGGCAAAUUUCUUUUGGCAAGUUGGUCCGGUAACCAGCGUGCGCAUCGUGUUGGAUCGGGAUACGGGACGUCCGCGUGGUUUCGGUUUCUGCGAAUUUGAAACGGAAGCAGCGGCAGAGCAGGCUGCGUAUACCCAUUGUGUUGUUGUGAUCCGUCUCAAAAGUUCUUUUGCGGCCCGGUUACUCGUACUUUGGUGUAAUUACGGUGUUGACGUAUUCCGUGGCAGAAAUAAAAUCUACAUUUUAAAGCGCAUAACAAACAAUGAUUUUAUGGAACUACAUCGUAAUCGGCUGGGUCUAGGUGCUUCACAGAAACUGGAAGCAUCACAACAACACAUCGAUAACCUCCAUUACGGCAGAACCGGCUUUGCAGCAGUGGUUUGUUUAUUCUCGUUUGGUAGUAGUUGGCUUGAUAUUUAG